CGUUCUCCAGCCUGAGUCUUCGGCACGGGGUGCAGCGUCCUGCUGAGAGCUUCUUUGGGGGGCUGGCCGCCUCGGCGCCCGCAGUCAUGGUGCGGAACGUGGACGACCUGGACUUCCACCUGCCCUCGCACGCCCAGGACAUGCUGGACGGGCUGCAGAGGCUGCGCUCGCAGCCCAAGCUGGCCGACGUCACGCUGCUGGUGGGCGGCCAGGAGCUGCCCUGCCACCGCGGCCUCCUGGCGCUCAGCAGCCCCUACUUCCACGCCAUGUUCGCGGGUGACUUUGCCGAGAGCUUCUCGGCGCGCGUGGAGCUGCAGGACGUGGAGGCCACCGUGGUGGGCCAGCUGGUGGACUUCGUGUACACGGGCCGCCUGACCAUCACCCAGGCCAACGUGGAGGCGCUGACGCGCACGGCCGUGCGCCUCCACUUCCCGGCAGUGCAGAAGGCGUGCGGCCAUUACCUGCAGCAGCAGCUGGACGCCACCAACUGUCUGGGCAUCUGUGAGUUCGGGGAGCAGCAGGGGCUGCUGGGCGUGGCCGCCAAGGCCUGGGCCUUCCUGCGGGAGAACUUCGAGGCCGUGGCCCGGGAGGACGAGUUCCUGCAGCUGUCCCAGGACCGGCUGGCCGCCUGCCUGGCCAGCGACCUGCUGCAGGCGCAGCCAGAGCAGAGCCGGCUGGAGGCGCUGCUGCGCUGGGUGCGCCACGAGCCCCAGGUGCGGGCGGCCCACCUGCCCGGGCUGCUUGGCUUGGUGCACCUGGGCGCUGUGCCCAGGCCGUUCGUGCAGCAGCUGCUGACCACGGAGCCGCUGAUCCUGGCGUCCGAGGCCUGCCAGGUGGCCCUGUCCCGGGGCCAUGAAGGGGCACCCCCGGCCCCACCGCGGCCGCUGGAGGAGGUCCUGGUGGUGGUGGGCGGGCGGGCCCUGGAAGACGAGGAGGACACCGAGGAGCCCGCCACCCACCACGGGAACUUCGCUUUCUACGACACCAAAGCCAAGACUUGGAUGACGCUGCCUGACUUCCCGGACUUCAACAAGUGGGGCUUCUCCCUGGCCGCGCUGAACAGCUGCGUCUACGUCACAGGCGGCUCACGGGGCACCAGGACGGACACCUGGUCAACCACGCAGGCCUGGUGCUUCCCGCUGAAGGAGGCAGCCUGGAGGCCCGUGGCACCCAUGCUGAAGGCCCGCACCAACCACGCGAGCGCCGCGCUCAACGGGGAGAUCUACGUCAUCGGCGGCACGACCUUGGACGUGGUGGAGGUGGAGAGCUACGACCCCUACACGGACACCUGGGCUCCCGUCAGCCCCGCCCUCAAGUACGUCAGCAACUUCUCGGCGGCCGGCUGCUGCGGCCGCCUCUACCUGGUGGGAUCCAGCGCCUGCAAGUACAACGCGCUGGCCCUGCAGUGCUACAACCCCGUCACAGAAGCCUGGAGCGUGAUCGCCUCGCCCUUCCUCCCCAAGUACCUGUCCUCGCCGCGCUGCGCCGCUCUGCAGGGCGCGCUCUACCUGGUUGGCGACAACACCAAGAAGGUCUACGUGUACGACCCUGGGGCCAACCUGUGGCAGAAGGUGCAGUCCCUGCACAGCCUGCAUGAGAACGGCGCCCUGGUGCCGCUGGGCGACGCGCUGUACGUGACGGGCGGCCGCUGGCAGGGCAUGGACGGCGACUACCACGUGGAGAUGGAGGCCUACGACCCCGGGCGGGACGCCUGGGUCCGCCACGGCGCGCUGCCCCGCCUCUGGCUCUACCACGGCGCCUCCAGCGUCUUCCUGGACGUCUCCGAGUGGAGCCAGCCCUUCAGCCCCGCCCCGCAGCACUGAGCCCCUCGCAGCGCCCGGAAGGGGCCCGAGGGGCGGUC